AUGCAGGACCCGCUGAACCCAUUCCAACCAGACGGCAUCGGCCCGGGCGGCCUGCUCAGCAACGGGGGCGGCGGCGCGGUCGGCGCAACCCGGCACGCCUCAUUCACGCACCCCGACCCCCCAGGCCCGCCGCCGCCGUACGACUCGGUAGUGAUGGGCGAUGCGAACGCGGCGGCCGGCGGCAGCGGGGGCGCGGACGGUGGCGGCGGGACGCGCGACUUUGAGAUCGUUGUGGCCGACCCUGUGAAGCAGGGCGAGGGCGUGUCGGCGUUUGUCUCGUACAAGGUGCGCAGCCGCACCAACCUGGCUCAGUACGCGCGGCCGUCGAACGAGGUCAUCCGGCGCUUCCGCGACUUUGCGUGGCUACAUGACCGGCUGGCAGAAGAAAAGAGGGGCGUCAUCGUGCCGCCGCUGCCAGAGAAGAACGCUGUGCAGAAAUUCACUAUGGGGACAGACUUCAUAGAGGAGCGGCGGCGGGCGCUGCAGGUGUUUGUCAACCGUGUGGCGUCUCACCCGGAACUGAAGGCGACCCGCGCGCUGCAGCGGUUCCUCGAGUCGAAUGAGGACGAGUUUGCGUUGGAGGUGGCGCUCACCACCGCGGCUGCCGGCGGCGCGGCCAAGAAGCGCCUUGAUGGGGCUGUCGGGUGGUUCAAGGGGCUGGGGGGCGCCGCCACCAGCCUAGUAGCGGGGAAGAGCUCGUCGGACGCGGCAGAGGACCCUGAAUACGUCAAGGUGCGCGACUACCUGACCCAGCUGGAGAGCCACCUCGGGGAGGCUGCGCGCCAGGCGGGACGGCUGGUGGCCAAGGAGACAGAGCUUACAGAGGCCCUGGGGGAGUUUGGGCAGUCCAUCGAGAAGCUGGGGCGGCUCGAGGAGGGCAACGUGGCCGAGGCUUUCCAGCAGCUGGCUUCCAAGGCUCAGGGGAUGUCGGAGUCGCGCAAGGGGCAGGUGGCGCAGCUGGCUGCCAGGUUUGAGGCGCCCAUCAAGGAGGCCGUGCGCUUCGUCCGCGCGGCGACCAAUGUGUGCAACGACCGCGGCGUGGCGCUGGCCGCUAUGCAGGCUGCCAAGCACGACCUCGACACCAAAAAGGUGCGCUACGCCAAGCUGCGCGGCACCCCUGGCAGCGCGAGCGAUAAGCUGUUGGAGGCGGAGCGCGACGUGACUGAGGCAGAGGGCCGCGUGAGCAAGGCGCGCGCAAGCUAUGAGGAGCUCGUGUCCACUCUGACGGAGGAGCUCAACCGCUUCCAGAAGGAGCGCGCCGCCGACACCAACGCCCUGCUGCGGGACCUGGCACUCGUGCAGGCGUCGCUGGCGGCGGACGGCGCCAAGGGCUGGAGCGCGCUGCUGAACGAGCUGCAGGCCAUCCAGGGCAACGCGCCCGCCGCCAGCUAG